AUGGAAGUCGAAAAAACGCAGUUGGACUCUCAGACUCAGCCUGAAGCGAUUGACAAGCAGAGUUCAAAGCCAACCUCGCAGCCGAAGCACUUGGAGGCGCUGGACCAAGCGUUGGAGAAUCGCCUAAAACCCUGCACACGCUCUCCCCUGGCUCUUCCCAUGCUCCUUCGCUCCAUACUCUCCCCGCCUCCUCCUUUCGCGGAUCCUCGGGACCGGUCGGGUACUAAGGACAAAGGCGCAGUCAAAAAUGACAACACAGAAUGCGACUUUCGCCCUGACACUGCUCCAUAUCCUCGACACCUCAAGCGGCUGGAUGCUAAAUCACAGUCCCGACCUCGGAACUUCCUGAAAGUGGCAGAGCCUGGAGUUGCCCAGAAUGCGGGAAAGGCGGCGCAAGCUGCAGGGCACUUAGUUACUGAGGUCCUUCCGCCGGAUGCCAUGCGACUGGCAGAUGCUUUCGCAAACUUUUUUCAAGCCCUAGUUUGUGCAGUCAGGGCUGCUGCCCCUGACAUGCUGCAGCGAGUGUCUCCGGCCUUACUGAGGAUUCUCAGGGAAUUUUGGGCCGAUAUUUGGAAUAGACGUCAAAUCUCUUGGGAUGAUAUUUGGGAUGAUUUGGUUACUCACACUCCACCACGCCCUGCUCCUGACAGCUGGCCAAGCCUCACACCGGAACAACUCCGUUCUGCCACCAAGUGUAGCCGCGGCAGUGCGCCGGGGCUUGACGGCUGGAGAGCUGAGGAACUUAGUUUGUUCAGUGACGAAAUGUGGCAGGAUGCCGGCUGUCCUCCAGAAACAGUUUCCACUUCCAUCACCUUGUUGGGAUUCCAGUUCAUGGGAGUGACCCAAAGAAAAGCCAAAGACCGAGAACUGACAAGACUCACUGAGGCCAAAGAAGUUCUUCGAAAAUGUAGGUUAGCAGCUUCUCCUGCGCCUCCAGCCACAGCAGAGUGGCACGGUCGCUGCGGGCUCGUCACGGGUGCCAGGCAGGACCUGGCCGCCAACCAUGACGUCAAUUACACCGGCCGCCCUGGAUUGAUUGUGGAAAAUGCCACAACUCAGUCUAACGGCCCCCCAGAGAUGACCCGCAACGGGAAAAAAUGGCAGCUGACAAUCGAUGUGCCUCGCAGCGGGCGGCAGAUUGCAGAUGCGCUGAGCGAAUAUGGCUCCGUGGAUGUGGUCACCCAAGAACUUCGUGACUUGUACACAAGCUUUGGUUUCACGAAAGGACUCACUUUGGUUUUGUCAGCUGAUGCAAUGAAUCAGCUUGGCAUCACACUGAGCAGGUGGCAGGUGGGAAAGACAGGAAUGGCAGAAACAAAGUUCAAGUUUGGUAGGGACUGGAUGGCGGAAGAACUGGUUGAUUUCCUCAAACAACAAGGACCAAGGAAGACAUGGGAUGAAAUUAAGGAUCAGCCUCCACAGACGGCCAACACGCGGGGGCGCCCCGCGAAGAGGCAGGCCAAAGAACCCGAUGAGCGACAUCGGUCCAGAUCUGCCGCUGAGAAGCCCGAAAAGGGCGAUGAAAAUAAGGACCCAAUGGAAGUCGAAAAAACGCAGUUGGACUCUCAGACUCAGCCUGAAGCGAUUGACAAGCAGAGUUCAAAGCCAACCUCGCAGUCUCUUGGUAAUUUGACGGAUGCCUUAACCCAAAACUGGACGCUGGCCGAUCAAGGUGGAUGCGGUGACUGUGGGUACCGGGCAUUAAUAGACAACUUUCAUUAUCAAACCACUGGUGAGACUCUUUCCAAAGAAGAAUGCAUCAAAAAUGCCAAUCUAUUUCGUACGGAAGUGGUACGACAUGUUCGCAAACAUCAAGAUAGGUACGAAAACCAUGUCAGAGGUGGGAAAGAGGCCUUUCCUGCCUUUUGUGACAAUGCGUUGAAGCAAACUCACUGGAUAUGUGGACUGCUGCUGCAAGCAGCAGCAGAGGUGAAAUCAUGCUGCAUAGUGGUGUGGAAUCAAAAAGAUGAAGUUCUGGAAAGAUUCACUUUCGCUCCUGAGUGGAGUCCACAGGGGAUGCCCAGAAUGAAAAAAGAAGCACCAAUCCUGGUGGUGUACAGAAACGACAAACAUUAUCAAUCCGUCCGACCACCCCAGGAUCAGGACGGCAUGACUAAGGUGCCCAAACACUGGGCGCGAGAGACAGCCAAACCCGAGGCCGAAGCACUUGGAGGCGCUGGACCAAGCGUUGGAGAAUCGCCUAAAACCCUGCACACGCUCUCCCCUGGCUCUUCCCAUGCUCCUUCGCUCCAUACUCUCCCCGCCUCCUCCUUUCGCGGAUCCUCGGGUGGGGGUGUGAUGAUCACGCGCGCGCCGUCCCUGCACUCCUUGGUUCCUUCCGCGUCUUCUCCUCCGCGUCUGCGCGCGGUUGUGCACGGCCAUGCGGCGGGUGGUGGUUCUUCGGGUGCCCUUGCGCGACCCCAUCCUCCGCGCUCCCCCUCUCUUCUUACCUUGGCUGCCUCCCCUCACUCCUGCGACCGGUCGGGUACUAAGGACAAAGGCGCAGUCAAAAAUGACAACACAGAAUGCGACUUUCGCCCUGACACUGCUCCAUAUCCUCGACACCUCAAGCGGCUGGAUGCUAAAUCACAGUCCCGACCUCGGAACUUCCUGAAAGUGGCAGAGCCUGGAGUUGCCCAGAAUGCGGGAAAGGCGGCGCAAGCUGCAGGGCACUUAGUUACUGAGGUCCUUCCGCCGGAUGCCAUGCGAAACCGCGAUAUUGACUACUAUAUCAGUAACCUUGAGCCCACUGAGGUCGAAACGCUUCCUGAUGUUGACUGGCAGAUGCUUUCGCAAACUUUUUUUCAAGCCCUAGUUUGUGCAGUCAGGGCUGCUGCCCCUGACAUGCUGCAGCGAGUGUCUCCGGCCUUACUGAGGAUUCUCAGGGAAUUUUGGGCCGAUAUUUGGAAUAGACGUCAAAUCUCUUGGGAUGAUAUUUGGGAUGAUUUGGUUACUCACACUCCACCACGCCCUGCUCCUGACAGCUGGCCAAGCCUCACACCGGAACAACUCCGUUCUGCCACCAAGUGUAGCCGCGGCAGUGCGCCGGGGCUUGACGGCUGGAGAGCUGAGGAACUUAGUUUGUUCAGUGACGAAAUGUGGCAGGAUGCCGGCUGUCCUCCAGAAACAGUUUCCACUUCCAUCACCUUGUUGGGAUUCCAGUUCAUGGGAGUGACCCAAAGAAAAGCCAAAGACCGAGAACUGACAAGACUCACUGAGGCCAAAGAAGUUCUUCGAAAAUGUAGGUUAGCAGCUUCUCCUGCGCCUCCAGCCACAGCAGAGUGGCACGGUCGCUGCGGGCUCGUCACGGGUGCCAGGCAGGACCUGGCCGCCAACCAUGACGUCAAUUACACCGGCCGCCCUGGAUUGAUUGUGGAAAAUGCCACAACUCAGUCUAACGGCCCCCCAGAGAUGACCCGCAACGGGAAAAAAUGGCAGCUGACAAUCGAUGUGCCUCGCAGCGGGCGGCAGAUUGCAGAUGCGCUGAGCGAAUAUGGCUCCGUGGAUGUGGUCACCCAAGAACUUCGUGACUUGUACACAAGCUUUGGUUUCACGAAAGGACUCACUUUGGUUUUGUCAGCUGAUGCAAUGAAUCAGCUUGGCAUCACACUGAGCAGGUGGCAGGUGGGAAAGACAGGAAUGGCAGAAACAAAGUUCAAGUUUGGUAGGGACUGGAUGGCGGAAGAACUGGUUGAUUUCCUCAAACAACAAGGACCAAGGAAGACAUGGGAUGAAAUUAAGGAUCAGCCUCCACAGACGGCCAACACGCGGGGGCGCCCCGCGAAGAGGCAGGCCAAAGAACCCGAUGAGCGACAUCGGUCCAGAUCUGCCGCUGAGAAGCCCGAAAAGGGCGAUGAAAAUAAGGACCCAAUGGAAGUCGAAAAAACGCAGUUGGACUCUCAGACUCAGCCUGAAGCGAUUGACAAGCAGAGUUCAAAGCCAACCUCGCAGUCUCUUGGUAAUUUGACGGAUGCCUUAACCCAAAACUGGACGCUGGCCGAUCAAGGUGGAUGCGGUGACUGUGGGUACCGGGCAUUAAUAGACAACUUUCAUUAUCAAACCACUGGUGAGACUCUUUCCAAAGAAGAAUGCAUCAAAAAUGCCAAUCUAUUUCGUACGGAAGUGGUACGACAUGUUCGCAAACAUCAAGAUAGGUACGAAAACCAUGUCAGAGGUGGGAAAGAGGCCUUUCCUGCCUUUUGUGACAAUGCGUUGAAGCAAACUCACUGGAUAUGUGGACUGCUGCUGCAAGCAGCAGCAGAGGUGAAAUCAUGCUGCAUAGUGGUGUGGAAUCAAAAAGAUGAAGUUCUGGAAAGAUUCACUUUCGCUCCUGAGUGGAGUCCACAGGGGAUGCCCAGAAUGAAAAAAGAAGCACCAAUCCUGGUGGUGUACAGAAACGACAAACAUUAUCAAUCCGUCCGACCACCCCAGGAUCAGGACGGCAUGACUAAGGUGCCCAAACACUGGGCGCGAGAGACAGCCAAACCCGAGGCCGAAGCACUUGGAGGCGCUGGACCAAGCGUUGGAGAAUCGCCUAAAACCCUGCACACGCUCUCCCCUGGCUCUUCCCAUGCUCCUUCGCUCCAUACUCUCCCCGCCUCCUCCUUUCGCGGAUCCUCGGGUGGGGGUGUGAUGAUCACGCGCGCGCCGUCCCUGCACUCCUUGGUUCCUUCCGCGUCUUCUCCUCCGCGUCUGCGCGCGGUUGUGCACGGCCAUGCGGCGGGUGGUGGUUCUUCGGGUGCCCUUGCGCGACCCCAUCCUCCGCGCUCCCCCUCUCUUCUUACCUUGGCUGCCUCCCCUCACUCCUGCGACCGGUCGGGUACUAAGGACAAAGGCGCAGUCAAAAAUGACAACACAGAAUGCGACUUUCGCCCUGACACUGCUCCAUAUCCUCGACACCUCAAGCGGCUGGAUGCUAAAUCACAGUCCCGACCUCGGAACUUCCUGAAAGUGGCAGAGCCUGGAGUUGCCCAGAAUGCGGGAAAGGCGGCGCAAGCUGCAGGGCACUUAGUUACUGAGGUCCUUCCGCCGGAUGCCAUGCGAAACCGCGAUAUUGACUACUAUAUCAGUAACCUUGAGCCCACUGAGGUCGAAACGCUUCCUGAUGUUGACUGGCAGAUGCUUUCGCAAACUUUUUUUCAAGCCCUAGUUUGUGCAGUCAGGGCUGCUGCCCCUGACAUGCUGCAGCGAGUGUCUCCGGCCUUACUGAGGAUUCUCAGGGAAUUUUGGGCCGAUAUUUGGAAUAGACGUCAAAUCUCUUGGGAUGAUAUUUGGGAUGAUUUGGUUACUCACACUCCACCACGCCCUGCUCCUGACAGCUGGCCAAGCCUCACACCGGAACAACUCCGUUCUGCCACCAAGUGUAGCCGCGGCAGUGCGCCGGGGCUUGACGGCUGGAGAGCUGAGGAACUUAGUUUGUUCAGUGACGAAAUGUGGCAGGUCAUGUCCGGGUUCUAUGAUCAUUGCGAAGAGCUCGGAAACAUUCCUACCAUAUGGCGAUGUGUUCGCCAAGUGCAUAUCCCGAAAGGGAAACCACCUGAAGCUGACGGCAGCAUGCUGGCGGACAACAUGCGUCCCAUAGCUGUGAUGUCGAUAAUCUGGCGAAUCUGCAGCCGAGCCAGAUUCAAACAAACUGAGGUUCAGGAAUGGAUCCACACAUCCACCCCCGAAUUCAUGUUUGGGGGAAUUCCCCAAAAAGGUGUUGAGGAUGCUAUCUCUCACAUAAUCCUCAAAGACAUGCAUAGCUGGCCGGUUGGUACACUUGACCUGACAAAAGCUUUCGAUUAUUCUGACCCUGAGAUAGUCUGCAAACUCUUUGUCCACCAAGGUAUGCCGCGCAAAGCUGCACGCAUGUUGUUAAGCAUGUGGAGCGAACAAAUCCGUUUUCUUCAGCUCCAUGACGAAUUUUUCCCAAACAACCAUGUUGUCAAGCGCUCCCUGCCGCAAGGUGACUGCUUUAGCAUGUUAGGCAUGUGUGUUUUGCUUACUCCCAUUGCCAAUCACAUUCAGAGAAAAUACCCUUGUUGCGUUCAAGCUUUAUAUGCCGAUGAUCGUUCUUUCACUUGUUCCACUGCGACUGAAAUAUGGCAAGUUCGAAAUGAAUGGCAUGUUUGGAGCUAUAAGGUUGGUCUUCAAGAAAACCCCACCACAACGACGGCACUAUUACGCAACACCCCCCAGCAAACCCCCACCCCACCCCCCCCCACACCCCCCCCCCCCGACACGCCCCCCGCAACGGUCAAAGGGGGGGGGUUUUGUCCCGAUCCUCUCGAGGAUGCCUAG